CUACCGGUCACGGUUGGAAGGAAGUUAGUUCUGGUGUAAUGUACUGGCACUUUUGAGAGGUUUUCUUCAAUACGUAACUUGUACUUGAGAAAUCGAAGCUUGCGUUGUCGAACAUGGUGAACAAUGGGUGACAACGGGACAUGAGGCAGGAAAAACUUCACCUCUUGCACAAAGAUGUUGCGCCAUUUGGACGAAGCACCAUUCUACACGGCGGUAAUCGCAGUCGCUCUGUCUCUGGGAUACAUAGCUGGCUCGAAGUCCAAACCGCUCAACCAGACAAGACCUGAGCAAGAAAUCAAGGGAAAUGACACACAAACACACGGCAGGGAUUCUGACAGCGAGACAUCUAGCUUGGAUGGAGACCAAAACCUCUCUACAGUAGAACUCUUACCAGAGGACGAGUACAAACUAGUGUUAGUGGUUAGAACUGACUUGGGGAUGUCUACCGGGAAAAUGGCUGCCCAAUGCUCGCAUGCAACGCUCGCAUGCUACAAGACUUUGCUCUCUUCAAAUACCACAGUUCUGAGGCGUUGGGAAAGCAGCGGACAGCUCAAGAUCGCGCUGCGUUGUUCAAACGAGGAAGAACUGCUAACACUGCAAGCUCAAGCUCAAAGUUUGAACCUCUGUGCCCGGUCGAUCCAGGAUGCCGGGAGGACUCAAAUUGCCGCGGGUUCUCGAACGGUGCUGGGAAUAUUAGGACCGGUUCGCUUGGUGAACAGGAUUACAGGGACAUUGCGACUUCUAUGAAGAGAACUUGUUGACGCUCGGUAGUAAAUACUCAUGAUGAUUACAAUUCCCUUGAACGCGAGUGCAAAAAGAUCUAGAACUUCGACACCUUGUUAUUCCACCUGUUUUCAAACCUCGGAAAUCAAC